GCUAUGCUUAGCUUCAUCUACACUGAUGUACUUCCUGAUGUGCAUGAAAUUACUGGGUCAGCUUCUGCUAGUUCGUUCACAAACAUGAUACAACAUCUCUUGGCAGCUGCUGAUCUCUAUGACCUUGCAAGGUUAAAGAUAUUAUGUGAAGUUCUGCUUUGCGAAAAACUUGAUGUUGAUAAUGUGGCAACAACACUUGCCCUUGCUGAACAGCACCAAUUCUUCCAGCUCAAAACGUUCUGCUUAAAAUUUGUUGCAUCUCCAGCCAACUUGGGAGCUGUAAUGAAGUCUGAAGGGUUCAAGCACUUGAAACAGAGCUGUCCCACUUUGUUAUCUGAGUUGUUGAACGCUGUUGCAGCAGCAGAUAAGAGCUCGACGAGUGGACAAUCGAACAAGAAAAGAAGUGCGAGCAGUGUCUUAGGGUGUGACACUACAAAUAUGAGGCAAGUGAGAAGGAGGACAUAGGAUUCAAUCCAAAUGAUAGUAGUAAGCUUUCCUCGCGCCUUGUUUUGACAGUUUCAAAUGAACUCUGGUGCUACUUUACUGAUCUGGAAGCAAAGCAUAAACCAAGUUUGGUUUGCUCAACCUCGUUAUUGUAAUGAAUAAUUAUUGUUCGUAGUAUGUCAACAGUAGUGUAAAGCUUUUAGGCAAUAGACAUCUGAUUACUUUUCAGUAAGUAUCUUGUCUUUGUCUUUGAAUUCUCUUCAGUUUUAGAGCUGUUUCCGUGUUUGUAGAAAAAAAAGCUUAUUAUAUAUAUAUAAUUGAAUCGUAAAA